AUGCCGAAUAAAAUUGAUUGUGCUGGUUGCCGCAACCCAAUUGUGGCAAAAAAACAUCUUCAAUGCUGUAGGUGUCAACAGCCUUACGACCUUCAAUGUGCAAACAUUAAAUUAAACCAAUUUAAUAGCAUGGCAGAAGAUCAAAGGGCUAAAUGGAAAUGUGUGGUAUGUAUUAGUAAACAGCCGAAAACCGAUAACACAGAUACCCCGGCACGUGUGGGCGUAGAAGGGGUCAAUAGAAAUAGAGGUUCAGCAGCGGUGAGUCUUCAGGACUUAUUAGAAGACGAUAGAGCGCAGAGUGUAACUAUGCCAGCAAAAGAUCUACAACUGCUUAUAAUGGAGGUACGUCAAUUCAAAGAAGAAGUGAGAGCCAUAUGUCUCCAAAUGGAAUUACUGAAUGGCACUUUGGCUGCUCUGGCGCUCAGAAAUGAUGAAUCUGAUAAGAAAAUUGAAAAGCUAGAAGUCCAUGUGGAUCUUCUGGAAGAUUGUCAUGCUGAUAGUAUGAAUAUUUUAUCAAGACAUUUUUUUAAAUCAACACAACACGUGUCAUCUAUACGAGCGCCUAGCUAA